GGGCGGGGUUUGGUGCUUGGCGUUGCUGUGCUCGGGUGGAUCACAGGAGAGAUCGCUGCAGACAUGGCGGAGAGUGACUGGGACACCGUGACCGUGCUCAGGAAGAAGGGGCCGACCGCCGCACAGGCCAAGUCCAAACAGGCCAUUAUAGCUGCACAGAGAAAAGGAGAUGAUGUCGAAACCUCCAAAAAAUGGUCCGCAGGUCAGAACAAACAGCACACCAUCACAAAGAAUACGGCCAAACUGGACCGGGAAACAGAAGAACUGCAUCAUGACAGAGUCUCUUUGGAAGUGGGAAAGGUCAUCCAGCAGAGCAGACAGGGUGUCGGGAUGACCCAGAAGGACUUGGCCACUAAAAUCAACGAGAAACCCCAGGUAAUUGCUGAUUAUGAAAGUGGAAAGGCCAUUCCCAGCAACCAAGUCAUGGGCAAGAUUGAAAGGGCACUGGGAGUAAAACUUCGUGGAAGGGACAUUGGAAAACCCCUUGAGGCCCUCCCAAAAAAGAAAUGAAAACAAAGCCUCGAAAUCAGUGCUCACCAGCUGAUCUCGACUGGUCGGUUUGUGCCGAAUCGGCCAGGAUGUUUCCGCAUUGCCAAGCUGAGCGCAGCUCUUUCAGACUAUACUAUUUGGGGGUUUGCGUAUAAUCAAAUCUUCUUACCUGCUGUAAAGAAAUGUAUGUAGUUCCUUUCUACCAAAUGGAAAAAAUUGCUACAGUUUAAUAUUACCCCACCCCGCAGUAGGGCAGGAUCCACAGGGAAUAAUGUUUGGGCGUGAUUUGCUAUUUGGAUAACAUGGGAAUUGGGGAAGGGAAGAAAAAAAAAAUGUCCUUUCUCCAACAGAUACAAGCCAACAUAAUACUUUUUAAUUUUUGCAAAAAGGAGGGCUUGGCGAGGAUGGGAGUUUGAGGAACAUUCCUGUUGGUCACUUUAAUAUACCACAUCCCUUCUUUAAUGUAAUCGUAAAAUAAAGUUUGUUAUCCUUCUUCA